CGGCUGCCCCGCACCAUGCGCUCUCCGCCCGUCACUGCCGCCGCCGCCGCCUCGCUGCUCCUGGCCGCGCUGCUGCUGGUUGCCCCGCCGCUCGGGGAGUCCGAGAGCCCGAAGGGGAAGCACAAGGCGCUGCGCCAGAGGGAGGUGGUGGACGUGUACAAUGGAAUGUGUUUACAAGGACCUGGUGGUGUUCCUGGACGAGAUGGAAACCCUGGCAUCAAUGGAAUUCCUGGGACACCUGGAAUCCCUGGUCGGGAUGGGUUGAAAGGAGAAAAAGGAGAAUGUAUGCGAGAAAGCAUUGAGGAGUCUUGGACACCGAACUUUAAACAGUGUUCAUGGAGUGCGCUGAAUUAUGGCAUAGAUCUUGGGAAAAUUGCAGAAUGUACAUUCACAAAGAUGCGCUCUAACAGUGCUCUAAGAGUUCUCUUCAGUGGAUCACUUCGACUCAAAUGCAAAAAUGCAUGCUGCCAGCGGUGGUAUUUUACAUUUAAUGGAGCCGAAUGCUCUGGGCCACUUCCUAUUGAAGCCAUAAUUUAUUUAGACCAAGGAAGCCCAGAGCUGAAUUCAACUAUUAAUAUACAUCGCACUUCUUCAGUGGAAGGACUGUGUGAAGGAAUCAGCGCUGGGUUGGUGGAUGUUGCUAUCUGGGUUGGUACUUGUGCAGAUUACCCAAGAGGUGAUGCUUCUACAGGAUGGAAUUCAGUCUCUCGGAUCAUCAUUGAAGAGCUGCCGAAAUAGAAGUUUUUUCUAAACCUCCUUAUAACCCAUCGUUCCCAAGCCCCCCUAUCAAUUUUUUAUACACAUUUUGUACAAUUAACUUUGAAAUUGAAUAUUUCUGUAGAGCUUUGUAAGCAUUUGGCCAGAAUACACAAACUUGCUUACAAGCACCCUAGUUGAAUUUUUCCAGCUGAACUGUUUAACAUGUAGGCACAUCACUGUUGAGCACACCUGGCAAGUUCUUCUACAAUAUAAUUUUAGAACAAAUAUUAGAAACAAGUUUGUCCAGUUGUUUUAUUAUAAUUUGGACAGAAUAUUUAUCACCUUUGUAAAAACUAUACAUUAAAUCUUUUUAUAUUGGUUAAAUAAAUAAGACCUUUUACAAAAAGAGGCAAAAAUCCAGGCUAUUUUAUUGUCAGCAAAAUGCAAAGGGUUUUACUUUUUACAUGACUAUUAUGAAACAGGUGUAUUAGAGUAGCUUGACAGACAUGAAAGUAAUAUCUGUGGAGAAAAUACUAUACUUUAUUCUUCAUUUUAGAUUUCAAGAGCAUUACUUAAAAGUAUCAAAUCAUAUUAUACGAACCUGAUUGUACUACUAUAGCACCGGAUUAUUCAAUUUUACUAUAGUUCUGAUUCAACUCCCAUUGAUGUUCGUGAGAGUUGGAUCCAUGCCAAUAAGCAGCAGAAAAUAUCUUAUUUUAAAAGAUUAAAGUUUUCAGCAUACCAUUUUGGCUUUUUCCCCACUAAGUUAAAUAACUCAUUAAGAGGUUCUCCACACCCAAUUUAUUUUUAGUAUGAAAAUCAGUUAAUACUGAAGAAGACUAAUAAGCAUGAAUAUAUUGGACAAUUUUACUAUAACAAAUGUUGAUUUACUUUAAUAAUUAAGGUAUUGCAUUUCCCCAACAAACUAGUUUAUUUCAUAGUCUUCUUAGCCAGUCACCACUUAUCACUUUGGUGCUAAGAUAAUUAUAAAUCAGCAACACAAAAGCAUUAAGUGUGUUACAUUAAUAGGAAUGGAAAAAAUAAAUAUUUAAGGGUAGGCUCAAAUGCCUCACACUGAAUGGCCUUCAGAAUAGUUUGCAAGUGUUAGAAGCAAUCACAGUAUGAAGGUAAUGUGUUCAGUCUCGUAAGACUAGAUAAAGAAAAUGAUCAUGUUGAUCAUUCAGCAUUUCUCAUAGCUAACUGUAGCAUUCUAAGUAUUCACUCCAAAAUGCAGCUGUCAAGUGACAGUAUCCACAAAAGUGGGGCCCUUUUAAAUUUUUACAACUUAAAAAAAAUGCUAAGUGGUUAGGAAGAAUUCAAAUUUUGCACUGAAGACACAAGCCAAAGGAAAAGUCACAAAAGCAUGUAUAACAUGUGAAAGUGUAAUGACUAGUUUUCCCUAGAAUUAAAAAGAAAAAAAAAACCUGUACAGCUUAGAUUCAGGUUUUAACUUUUUUUUUUAUAUUAUUAUUAUUAAAGAAAUACUUUGGCUCAGCCAGGUUCUGAAGAGAAUAUGCAAUACAUAUUCUUUAAGAUUGUCACUGCAUUUCCCUCUCAAAUUUCUACCUCCAUUUUGCAGUGAGUUGGUACACCUCUACCUCGAUAGAACGCUGUCCUUGGGAGCCAAAAAAAUCUUACCGCGUUAUAGGUGA